UUGACACCGUCUGACCAAGGGCAGACAACCUGGUGACGUUGACCCUUUGCUGUGAAAUCUGGGAACCAUGGAACUUCCCGAAGUGAAAUAUGACGUGACGGAAUACAUCGAAACGGCUUCUGGGAAUAAAGUCAGUCGUCAAUCCGUUCUGUGCGGCAGUCAAAAUAUUGUCCUUAAUGGAAAGACCAUCAUCAUGUCGGAUUGUAUCAUUCGUGGGGAUCUGGCCAAUGUCAGAAUCGGCAGACAUUGUAUAAUCAGUGCCAAAGCUGUGAUUAGACCACCUUUUAAGAAGUUUAGCAAAGGUGUAGCAUUUUUCCCUCUCCAUAUAGGGGACCAUGUCUUCAUAGGUGAAGAUUCUGUUAUCAACGCAGCACAAGUUGGAUCUUUCGUUCAAGUCGGCAAAAACUGUGUCAUCGGACGCCGAUGCAUCUUGAAAGACUGUUGUGCUAUUGCUGACAAUACUGUCUUGCCUCCAGAAACAGUUGUGCCCCCCUUUACUCUAUUUUCCGGUUCACCUGGUCGAUUUUGCGGAGAACUACCAGAGUGUACACUUGAAAUGAUGUUUGAUGUAACCAAAGGUUUUUAUCAGAACUUCGUGCCUCUAAAUAAAAGCAAAUAGAAAAAUCUCCCUAUUUAUAUAUAUAUAUUUCAUAUCACAUUCAUUUCAGUGGUGAAAGUGGAACAAGUUUAGUCACACAUGCAACAGUUUGUUCCAUUUAUUGUUUAUCAGACCAAGUCAAAAUACUGUGCUACCUGCUUUCACAUUUUGCUGGAAAAUAAAAUCAUUUACUUUGAAAAUACAAAGCUAAAUCACAUGAACUCCUCUUUUUAUCAGAUUCUAAAGCUUCUGUUUUUUUUCAUACUUUUAUGAAUCAAUUUAUGGUUUAUAUGAAUUGCAGUUGGUUUUUUUUUGGGUUUCAGUACAAUCAGUGUUUUGUAUUUACCUCAUUGUGAGGCAACAGAUUCCUGUUCUAUUGGUGCUGUACAUCGGAUUCCAAACUUUAACAUAUGUACUGACACCACACAAACAAAACACCAAUAGCUUAUGGUUUACUGUAGCAUGUGAGUAGCCAACCCACAAACCACACGCUGUUGUACUUUCACGUCCAACUCCAGUUAUUGGUCGUUUUAUUAUUUUUAAGAUGGCAGAAUCCUUAGCGGCAUUUUGUCCCUCAUGUUCUGAAUUCAAAUUCCACCAAGGUCAACUUUGCCUUUCCCCCCUUUUUUUUUUUUUUUUUUAGGGUGGAUGAAAGAAGUACCAGUUACACACUGGGGUUGUAAUCGACUAGCCCCCCUCCCACAAUGUUCCAGGCCUUCUGCUUAUUAGUAGAAAGGAUAAUUAUGAAGGUGGCAGAAUUGUUUUUUGUGCUUAGCAGCCGUUUCGUCCAUCUUUGCAUUGAGAUCAGAUCCCAACAUGGUUGACUUUCAUCCUUUUCGGGGUCAAUGUAAUCAGCUACCCACUUCCCAAAAUUGCCGGCCUUGUGCUAAAAUACGAAUCCAUUAUUACUGUAUAAAAAAUGGUGACGUAUAGCACAUUGCAGUAUUUAAUUAUAUUUUUAAAUUCAGAUCCUACCAAAGUUAAUUGACUUCCAGAAGUGAGGAGGGGGGGGGGGAAUAGGGGCCAAUAAAAUAAGUAGCAGGUUAUGGUGGUGAGGAUCUAAUCAAUUCCUCCUCCUCCUCCUGCUGCCACUAUUAUAAUUAGAGAAUAAAAAAAUAAAUUUUAGAAUGUAUUUCCGGUCAUAUUGAAUUGUUUGCAGUUUUAAAGUGUUAACAUUUCCUGCAGCACAAUAAUUUUGGUAAUUCUGCUCCAGCUUCUUUUGGUUAUUUCAUGCAAUGAGGUAAUUAGAAAUCUUUUAUCUAUUUAUUUAAUUUUUCUUGAUGGGAGGGGUCAUAUUUUCAUUUGUGUCCUACAGUUGCUCAACAAAUUAUUCAUUGAAUAAAUACAUUAAUUAAAAUAUCUCAGUAAAAUAGUAAUCAGUGGGGGUUUUUUUUCAACCAUAUUGAACAUUGUAAACUAAUAAAUGAACAGAUCUUUGAUCCUAGUUUCAGACUACACACGUUUGUCCUUUUGUUUUUUAUUUUGGAAUUUUAAAUAUUCCAGGUGUAAUUUUUUUUCAAGCCAGUGGCAGAAGUUUAACAGAGAUUUGACUGUUAUUUCUAACAGGUCAAGUCAUCUCUGAGCCUCUCCACAUUAACAUUUUUUCAAGAGGUGGAAUGGUUGAUGGUAUCAAAGAAUGAAGAUAUUCAAAGAUGAAUAGUCUGUUUCUUUGCAUUUUCUUUCCAGUUUUAAUUAUUGUUAAAAAACAAUUUAAGAUUUACCUUUGUAAAAAUUCUUUGAAUUGACCUUGAACAAAUUCCAAGUAUUUCCGAUUCUCUUCAUCUCAUCCACUGGACAAAUUACAUCCUUGAGGAACAUAGUCCUGUGAGCUAAUCCUUCAUUAGAUCUUAUUCUUUAAUCCUUCUUCAAUAAUCACAAAAUUAAGAAUAUUUCUUGAUUAAUUG